CAAGAAGGAAUAAAGAACACGUCAUACAAAACUUACAUGAACUUGUUCACUCAUGAUUUUGGCAUCAAGGCGUCAAAUAGCAUUAAAUAUCAAGUUGCACUGCAAUGAUUCACUUAUGCUGAUAAGCUACUUUUUAAGUUUUAUAGAAAGUUGAUAUUUUUCUUCAAAUUCUAGUAAUUAUUGAUAUUUUCAUGCAAAUUGAUGAUUCUUCACUAUUCUUGUAUUAUUAAACAAUUGCAAAUAUAUCCACAACUUAAUUAAUAGGAUAAGGAACUAAUUUUAACUUAAUUUACAAUUAAAUUUUAUAAUUCACUUUGUUCUUUCUCAAAAUCUCAAAUCCAAGUAAAGUUAUCAUAGAUUUUCACAACAUAAUUCGAUUGAGUAGUUCAGUUUGACCAAUAUUUAAGGAAUUUUAAUGUAUUAUGUAUAAUAAUAGUCAUUUAAGUGCCACAACAGUCAAGAGUCAUGUGCUUAUAUCCAAAAUUGAUAAUUCCGUAAGUAUUUUCAUCAAAAGAUCCAGUAAAACAUAAAAAAAAUGGUGAAAAUCAAGAAUCCAAACCUACUCAGAACAUAAAAGCGCUUAGGUUUUGCUCUUUUAGUGCCAUUAAUGCUAUUUUUCAUUGUGUUGGUGCGCGCAAAUUCACCACAAAAGUGAUGCACAUUGACAUUUUACCUCUGAUCACGUUGCUUCCUUCUUUAAAUAAUCUUCUGAAAAUUCAUAAAAUCAUUUACUAAAUUCCAUAAACUACAACCUUAUAUCCAUCCUUCUAUUCUCAAUAAGAAAUCUAAUAUGUGGGCUAUAUAAAAUGUUAUAUCAUGGGCAAUUUUAUGUGUCAUCUGUUGAUAAACUUUAAUGUUUUCAAGAUUAAGUGCAAUAAUUUUUUAGCUCAAUAUUUUGUCACUUUGCUGACAAAAAGAAUGCAUUUGGUAUGGCAACUCUCGGUGGAUUAGUUCAUGUUUUCAAUAUUUUGGAAACGCAAAGAUUGAAGAAAUAUACAUCAUAUAAAAUUCAAAUGAUAUCCUUUCCGAAAAAUGAGAGCUUAUUUCAAUCUCUUACAAAAUUAACUGUAAUUAAGCGAUAUUCUGAUUUUAAGACGCUAGAAAAUAAUCUUCUUACGACUUACAAAGGUUACAACUUUAAGACAUUCUUCAAGUCUGAUAAAAAUUAUUUUAAUAGAUUUGAUCCGGAAAUUGUAGAACAAAGAAAAAGAACAAUACUUGAGUAUUUAUAUUAUUGUGCAGAACACUCGGUUCUUUAUCGUUCACAAUAUUUUGUAAAGUUUUUCGAUGAUACAUCAACUAAAUGUGAUGUUGAAAAGAUUUAUGAAAGUUCAACAUACACCGAGGAAUCUCCAGAAGAAUCAAUUAAUUCUUUCGAAGAGGAUAGUGAAAUAAUAGAAGAAGGUGUGGAAACAAAUGAACUAAUUGAAAUUGGAGGGGAUAUUGAUUAUUAUUUAUGUGGCUACUUAUACGAUGCAGCUUUAAACUUCAGUCAUGCAGUUCAGGAAGAAGCAAAUUUGCGUUAUAAGCGAUCGUUUGAACUUUAUAAAUUGGGCAUAGAUAAGCUCUUGACAGGUGCAAAAAAUGAUACAAAUGAAGCACGCAAGAGAAUAGCAAAGACCAAAGCAAGUAAAUACUUGGAGAAAGCAGAACAACUUUAUGAAAAUUAUAUUCUGGAAGAGGAAGAAAAUGAAUUUCUUAUCGAGGAUAUUGAUAUAAAGGAAACACAAAGUAUUGCAUCACUUGAACGACCUUUAAAUCAUAUGUCGCGAUACAAAGUCAUACAAAUUAAUAACAGAAUAAUUAAGGUCCAAGAUCGAACAGAUAAGAAAAUUUACAUAUUAAAAGUAAUAUGGAAGACAAAUUCGCACAAAGUCAUUUUCAUGCCACAAAAUAUUCCAUUUAUGUGUUCCUUAUUAAGUUAUUUUCAUUCUGAAAAUGCCAUAUUUCUUUUACUUCCAUUUAUUAGUGGAGGAUUGUUGUGGGAUUAUGUUAAAACCUACUCAUCUAGUUCUAAUAACCAGAAAAAUGUCGAAGAACUGUUUGUUGAUCCUCCAAAACAAAACACGGAUAUAAUUUCUUCAGAAAUUGUGGAUAGUCCAAAUUUAGCACAAUUAGAUGUAGAUAACUUAAAUGAAACUGAAAUUAAACCUUCUGGAGAUGAGUCUUUAGAUGACGACAAACUUUCCCCAAAUAAAACUGCAGAUGAAUGUGAUUUUAACAUCCCUUCCUUUGAUACACUUACACCUGACAUUGAUGUCGAUGAUCUUAUGAAAUGCAGUCAACAAUUAUUGAAAUCUGUAACAAAAACUCUAGAAAAGUCAGUAGUCAUAAGACAAGAAGAUGAUCCCAAUGAAAAUCAACAAAUUCUUGAAACAGAACCGAUCUUAAACGAUGAUAAAGCUGUUUCUGAAGAUGAUCAAUCAAGUGCAGCAGCAUGUGCUAUUGAGCAGAAGCUGCAAAUAACCGAAGACAUUCCUGAAUUUAUCUUAAAACGUUGGGCAUCUGAAAUAAUUAUAAGUAUCAACUCUUUACAUAAGAAUGGAAUUAUUCUUGGUGAUCUCAAUUUGGAUAAUAUUUUACUAGGAUCUAAUGGCCAUAUUUUAUUAACUUAUUUUCACCAAAAUUAUCGCAGCAACUUUCAACAGUUAUGUGAACUUAAUCAGAAGGCAGUAAAGUGCUUUUAUGUUGCAUUUGAAUUUCCUUUGACUAGAAAUUCCGACUACUACAGUAUAGGAGUAAUUUUAUAUGAAAUUUUCACAAGACAUAGAUUUUAUAUGUAUCAUCCAGGAGGAAUUUCUAAAUAUAAUGAAAUUCAAUUUGCCGACACUUGUCAAUUGUCUGAACAAGCUAAAGAUUUACUUGACAUUUUGAUGUUCAAAAAAUUUGAUCAAGAUGAACCUUUUGAAAGCAUUAAAGUUCAUCCUUUUUUUGAAGGAGUCGAUUUUAAUGAAAUUGAAUCUUUUGGAUAUGAAUAAACCUUUUAUUGUACUGAAUAUUUAAACGUAUAACAAUUACGUAUUCCUAUUUUUGGUGUACUCGCCUGAUAUGUUUUUGCAUAUGAAUUUUCUGAGAAAAUUUCUUAUCACAGAUAGCAAUUGGACAUUGGAAAGUUUUGAUUUUGUCAUGAAGCUUUUUAUGCUUCCUUAAAUUUGAAAGACUUGAAAAUUUAUUCUUGCAUAUUUCGCAAACAUGAAGUUUUAUCUUUGUAUGAGAAUGGAUGUGUUCCUUCAAGUGAGAUGUUCGACUGAAUCUUUUAUCGCAUAUUUCACAUAAAUAUUUUCUAGUAUUACUAUGGAUUGCUUGAUGAUUCCGUAAGUUACUUAUAGUAAUAAAGCUUUUGCUGCAAAUUUCGCAUUGAUAGUUUCGUUCAUUCAAAUGUGACCUCAAAUGAUUCCUCAAACUUGUUUUGUGUGUAAACAUUUUAGUGCAC